AGAUGGGCAUUCAGCAUUUACGACAUAGACGGAAAUGGGUUCAUAUCCAGACAAGAAAUGCACGAAAUAGUUCAAGCUAUGACUAAAAUGUUGAGAAUCACAAGCGACUCAGAAUCAAAAACCGAGGAUGAUCCUGACCCUCUCAAAACUCGACUGGAGGUUGUGUUCAGCAAGAUGGAUGCAAAUAAAGAUGGGAACUUGAGCUUGGAGGAGUUCUUAGGGAUCUAUUUCAUAGUUUACCCUCUUUUUUUUUUAAAUAAAAACCAAGAAUAUUUUUAA